UUACGCACUUGGUUUUAACCUGUAAACGUCACACAAUACCAAAGGCGAGGUAUUGCCGUCUGACCAUUAUUCAAGUCUAAGGUAUGAGCGCUGACGGUGUGUAUAAACUGGAUUCAGGAAAACACAGCAUGGCGACGUCAUCCACUAAACUGGUGGUGAUCCUCUCCAUCGUCAUGUUCCUCUGUGGCAUCGCCAUGCUCAUCGUCGGCAUCGUCCUCGGUGUCAGGGCAACACAGACCGCCAACAACGCCCCCUGCGUUUCGCCCGACCAAGUGGUGGCCCCCACCACGCCCCCGGCAGCCCCCACCACCGAAGCUCCUGGACCAACACCAUCACCCUCCAAGGAGGGCCGCUACCGAUAUGCAGGGAUUGCUACCGACACUGAGAUUUGUUCAAAAGUCGGAAUCGACAUAAUGGCACGCAAGGGCGGUUCAGCUGUCGAUGCUGCCAUAGCAACCAAUCUGUGCGUUGGGUCAGUUAACUUCGAGAGUAACGGUCUUGGAGGAGGCCAUUUCAUGACCAUAUACAAGAAAUCGACGAACGAGUCAUUCGCUGUGAUGGCGCGAGAACAAGCCCCGGCGGCGGCCACGGAGACAAUGUACGUCGGCCUGACGGACUACAACAACAACGUCGAAG